GUACAAAGAGCAUUGUGCUGCGCUCCGCUACGUCCCGUUGUGAACUGCGUCCUGCGCUGGUCUGCACACAGCGACGCUUUACAUUAAAACAAGCUGCUGCUUCCACGGCGGAAGUGCUCCACAAUCCUCUUUGAAGCGAGGGUGUGCGCUGUGCGGAGAUGGCUAUGGUCUGCCUUACCGACUUUGAGGAGUAUGCCAAGGAGCAUCUCUCCAAGGCUACCUGGGACUACUACGCAGCCGGGGCGGAUGAAUGUUGCACCAGAGAUGACAACCUGCUGGCGUACAAACGGUACUGCACCCUACCAGGGAUUCGUCUGCGGCCACGGAUCCUGAGGGACGUGUCCAUCAGCGACACCAGGACAACGGUGCAGGGCACAGAGAUCAGCUUCCCCGUGGGCAUCGCGCCAACCGCCUUCCACUGCCUGGCCUGGCAUGAGGGCGAGAUGGCCACCGCCAGAGCCACAGAGGCAGUGAACACUUGUUAUAUUACCAGUACCUACUCCACUUGCUCAGUGGAGGAGAUUGUCGCGGCUGCACCCAACGGGUACCGCUGGUUCCAGCUGUACGUGUACCGCAACCGCAAGGUGUCCGAGCAGAUUGUGCACCGCGUGGAGGCGCUCGGCUACAAGGCACUGGUGCUCACCGUGGACGUGCCGUACACCGGGAAGCGCCGCAACGACAUCCGCAACCAGUUCAAACUCCCGCCGCACCUCAAGGUCAAGAACUUCGAUGGAGUCUUUGAGGUAAAGGAAAACGCGGGGCCUGAGGAGUACGGGAUCCCCGCCAACACUCUGGACCCCUCCAUCAGCUGGAAGGAUGUCUAUUGGCUGCAGUCCCUCACCCGUCUGCCAAUCAUCAUCAAAGGAAUCCUGACCAAGGAGGACGCAGAGCUGGCGGUGGAGCAUGGAGUGCAGGGCAUCAUCGUGUCCAAUCACGGGGGCCGGCAGCUGGACGGAGGUCCCGCCACGAUAGAUGCGCUGUCAGAGAUUGUGGACACGGUUCAAGGCAGGAUCGAGGUCUACUUGGACGGGGGGAUCCGUACGGGCAGUGAUGUGCUGAAGGCCGUGGCCCUUGGAGCCAAGUGCGUUUUCAUAGGCAGACCGGCAGUGUGGGGCCUGGCUUACAAGGGGGAAGAGGGGGUCAGAGAGGUGCUGCAGAUUCUCAAUGAUGAAUUCCGUCUGUCCAUGGCACUCGCUGGCUGCAGGAAUGUUGCAGAGAUCAACAGGAAUCUCAUUCAGUUCUCCAAACUCUGACCCGACGGUAGAUCCCUGGCCUGCAGUACGUUACAUUUUUAAUCACCAGUUAUUCGGCCAACAUACUACGGCUAACCAUUCUACCACUGCUACUGCAGGGAGCCUUGGACGAGAAAAAAAAUCUUGGUUCAAGAACAGUACAAGUCAAAUAUACUGUAUAUAUAUUCACAAGCAGGAGACAGAUGCUUUUCUUAUGGUGAGAUCAAAGAUACCGGAGUACUAGACUGGUUGCUUCGCUCCAUCUGAUGUGCAUUCGGUUCACCUAUCCAUUAUGUUUCCUAAAGAGAUGUAGACAUGGAGUUUGAAAUGUCAGGCUUACUUAGGGUGGGCGUAUAUCAUGAUUUUCUCAAGGGUUACGAUGUUGGGAGCUUGGAUGCCCUCUCACACUUGGCAAUGUCAGACUGUGACAACAGAUGGGAUUAUAGCCUAGACGAAGGGCUCACGAACAGAUCAGAAAAACUGAAUAUUGUACAUGGACCCCCCUCCUAAUUGGUCAAUGGGAAUCGACAAAACACAGAAUCCACUCGCAAGACCUCUCACACCUGACGAAUCCAAUUAUUUUCAAUUGCUUUAACCUCCUGAGACCCAGGUGAAAAAAAAAUGUCUUGGAUGGCAAAAACAUGUUGAAUAUAUAUACAUAUAUUUAAAUAAAUUUCAUUUGAAUGUCCCGAAAAUACUGUAUAGAAGGGAAACCAAAAUAGAAUGUGCCCGUUUGAGGACACAGGGUCUCAGGAGGUUAAAGGACUCUGUGUAAUGGGGGCCUCAAUUAUGACAUGUCAAAAAACUAUCAGGACCCUGUAAACCAGCCAGAUUGGUCAGACGUCAAAACCCAAUGUUUUUCUUACAAUUUGGUCCCAAACGGCAACUUGUAUAAUGUACGCCCGCCAUUCGUGUAGUUAAACCUGGUUUCACAUCCAUUCAGCGGUCUCACUGGUGGCCAGUCUAGUAAUUCUAUAUCUGUGGGUAAGACUAAUUCUCAGGCCUGUCAAUCACAGCAGGGAUGUACUGACGGAGGGAGGAGUUCAUGUAGGUGCUUUGAAGGUGUAGCAGUGAGGUAGAGCCAGUCUUUAUUUCAAGCAAGUCAGAGGGUAGAAGAAGAAUUUGUCUUUGUUGUGACUCUGGAACUGUGGAGACUAUUUCUAUGGAAACUGUCUUCCACAGAAAAAGACAAAAGUGCAAAAGAUAUGAAGAUGGAUCCACUGCAGCUUGGGACAAAAAUCUAUACAAAAUACUGGACUGCAAUGAUGUAAAGAUGUAAUUUUGUGGCGAUAUAAUCUUGUAACGGUGGUGAUAGAAAUGGCAGUUGCUUAUCCUCAGAAUCCGACACGAUCUCACCGGCAGCCAACGAGACAGACAAUGAAAGAAACUGAAUCUGCACAAAUAAAAGAGCUUGUUUUCUGAACAAA